UCUGUGUCAUCAUCUGCAGAUCGUCAGCAGUAGUUUGUAUUAUUUUAUCAUUUGACCUUUUACUUCGUAUCGUCAUCAGACACCAGACUUUAGACUAUUAUGUCACAUCUGUCAUGACUGCGUCUCCACUAUAUAUACCUUCAUCUUAUUGGGAUGAUGAUGAUUUACGUUCCCAGCACUUCACGACCCAACAAGCGCUCUCAAGUGGAGUUACCAAGACUACUUACAAGCCAUCUCUCGCAUAACUAAACCACCUUUCACAACUUCCUAUCAUGUCCGUCGUCCGAUUUAUGGCCACGCGCGUUCCACGCGUUCCAUUUUCAAGAGCUAGCCGACCGCUCAGCACCUCUGCUCUUAGUCAGAAGUCCCUUACUGAUAGUGUGAAGGAGACCGCAGAGAACCUCAACAAGAAGGUUGGCCAGACACUCGCGAGCGGUAUUGACUCCACCGAAAAGGCCACCCAGAGUGCAAAGAACACCAUCGACACAAAGACUCCGUCUGAAGGCGAAGCCAAAUCCGCUGCUGACAACCUUGGGUCCAAGGCAGCUGAGACGGCUGAGUCUGCCCGUCAGGGCGCUAACCGCACACUCGGGAAGGCUGCAGGCGCCGCGAGGGAUGCCAAAGACGAAGUGAAGAAGAACAUUUAAGGCGACAUCAAUCUCGCCUUAUUGAGUAGCCAUACAUGCAAUGAUGAGGACCCACAUCUACACAACUGACUGCUUGCUUGUCGUGUACAAGUUUCAAAGGCGGCGACAUUUUUUCUGCAAUCCUCGC